AACUACUUCGUUACCACCAUGAUUUCAUGAAGUGCAAAUUUACUCUGGGAAAUAUUGUACGGAACAGUGUACAUUCACCCCAAGCUCUAUGAAAUGCCUUCAUGUUCUCCGGAAUGAAUCUCCAUCUUUCUCCCUUUCGGAAAUUUAUUACCAUCGUAGACAUGUUGUACUUGGCAUCGUACUUUUUAUUUUAUUUUAUUUUAUUCGUGAAGUCUGAGGACACGCUACCUAUUCAAAGAAGAAAGCACGAGAAAAUAGAAGUUGGAGUUCUCGGAUUAAAAAUUGUGUUAAGUGGGAAGUUUCACAUGGGUUUUCACGUUACAGGUGAGGUCUACUCAUGGAGCUAGAGUUGGUUUGCGUGAAUUGGGUAUGUGUCUAAACGAGGAAUAUGAAAUGGGUUGCUCAGGAUAUCUGUGUAAAUGUUUGUAAUUGAGGAAUUUCAGGCAGGUUUCGUAGGAAAAAGGGCAUUGAUGAAUUGGGAAUUGGGAUUUUAUUGUUCGUAGGUUUGGGGGUGAUUCUUUCUGCAAUUGGAUGUCCUGAUAAUUAUUUCACACAUUAGCUGAAUAAUUUCUUUCUAUGCAAGGUUUGAGUUCCAAUUUCUAAUAGUUGGGUUAGCAUUUGAGCAAUAAUAAGUGUGGGUUUGGCACUGGAAUAUGGUACAUCUUAGUAAGUACAGGGCAGUAUUUGUAUCCCUGUUUUUGUAAGAAAGAAGGGUCGUGAUGGUGGAGGAUCUCGUGAAUCCUGUUUUACCUCAGUCAAAAUAGAAGUGGAUGUUAAAGAAAUAUACAGAACCCAAUGCAACUGUAUGUGCAGUACUAGACUCUGAAAGGUGUGAAUAAGCUUACAUUAGACACCUGAUUUACUAUGUGUUUCGUCCGGUCCUCAGAAGGUUGUGGAUUAGAGACAUUCUAAUUAGUAAGUAUGGGUUAGCAGUUGAAUUCUAAGACUACCCAAUUAACUACAGCUAAGAUUUUGGGUUUGGGAUAGGGAAACUUGAAACCAUUAGAGCUUAGGAGGAUUUUAUUGUGGAUGUGUGAAAUUGAGUUGGCCUUCAAAAUAAUCAUUUUCUUCUAGCCUAUUUGUCCUUUGAUUCCUGAACUGUCUAAAAAUAAUGCCUUCAUUCUCUGCUUGCAAUAGUUCUUUAGAAUAUGAAAUUGUAGUUGACUUUCAGAGAAUAUUCAGCUUCUGAGUGGGCUGCUGCACAUUUUUAGCGUCUAAUAAAGUUGCUGCGAGGCUUUGCAGAAGACAAUAAAAAUUAUUUGCUAUUUACAUUCGUAAAUCAGGUAUUGGGUUCUCUAGCAGUCUUCCAGCAUCAUUUUUGGGAUUACCCGUAAAGCAAAUCCGAGUAUAGAGUGAAUUAAUAAACGAUAACUCUGGGCUAUAGAUAAAGCAGAAUUAUCCCCAAGGAUUUUGCAGAAUUCUUUCUCGUGUCGCAGAUAACAAAGGAGAGUUAAGGUUUUGUUCACGCGUUGCCUGUGAAUUUGGAAACCUUUAAGGGCAGGUUUUUUAUUUCAAUCCCUUGCAAUGAAGAGAGCGGCUGUUCAGUGUAGCUCAAUCAUGGGGAUCCUGGAUGAUGAGAUCCUUAUAACUAUUCUUGACAAACUGCAGGAUCCCACAGACAGAAAAUCAUGGUGCUUAGUCUGUAAACAUUUUUUCUCUUUGGAAGCGACGUCUAGGAAGGAAGUGCAGUUAAUGAGAUCAGAGUUGUUACCCAGGAUAUUAGAAAGAUACAACAAGAUUCGCCAUUUAGAUCUAUCCCUUUGCUCCCAGAUAACAGAUGAAAGUUUAGGGCACGUGGCUCGCAUAAUUGGGAAUCGUUUGCUUUCCAUCAACCUCUCAAAGUUGUGGACUUUUACUCAUCUGGGUAUAGCAAAGCUGGUUGAAAGUUGUCGAUCUUUGGUUGAGGUUGAUCUUUCCAAUUGCACUGAAUUCACAGAUUAUGGAGCUGAAGCUAUAGCACAUGCCCGGAACUUGAAAUCAUUGAAGCUAGUGAAAUGCAAACAAAUCACUGACAUGGGUCUUGGAUGCAUAGCCGUUGGAUGCAGGAAGUUGCAGACUCUAAAUCUUAAGUGGUGUGUAGGUGUCACAGACCUUGGAGUUGAGCUAGUUGCAGUCAAAUGUAAGGAGCUGCGGAAUCUUGAUCUUUCUUACUUACAGAUAACCAACAAAUGUCUUGAAUCGCUUACACGUUUAAGUCAUCUUGAGAACUUAGCAUUGGUUGGAUGUGUCAGUGUGGAUGACGAGGGCCUUAUUUAUCUCAGGAACAAAUCUUUACAGGGACUGGAUGUUUCAAAGUGUCACAAUAUCAGCACUACUGGAAUAAUCAACUUUGCAAGUGUUUCCCCUGAUCUGCACCAACUUACUCUUGCCUAUUGCAUACCAAUUACAAGUGAUCUUGCAAGCUCACAAACUUUUGAUGGACUGCAAAUAAUCAAAUUUGAUGGUUGUAAAAUUUCUAGCACUGCACUGGAGUCUGUUGGUAGAAGCUGCAAAUAUUUGAGGGAAUUGAGCUUAAGCAAGUGUAUUGGAGUCACAGAUGAAGAAUUGAAAGGUUUUUUGGCAUAUCGUAGAGAACUUAACAAGUUGGAUCUCACAUGCUGCCAUGAUCUAACUGAUGUUGCUUUAUCAACUGUUGCAAGAUCAUGCAGAUAUCUUUCAUCUCUUAAGAUUGAAUCUUGUCAGUUGGUUACAGAAAAGAGUUUGACAAUGUUAGGGGAGGGUUGUCCUUUCCUCCAAGAGCUUGACCUGACUGAUUGUAGCGUAAACAACACAGGACUGGAAUCCCUUUCGAGGUGCUCCGAAUUGAUCACUUUGAAGCUAGGAUUCUGCCCAAAUAUAUCUGAUGAGGGGAUCAUACACAUAGGUGCACGUUGCUCAAAUCUCCAAGAACUUGAUCUGUACAGAUCCAAAGGUGUGGGUGAUAUAGGAAUGGAAGCAAUUUCUAAUGGAUGCCCAAGGUUAAAGAGCAUAAACCUUUCCUACUGCACAAAUAUUAGUGAUGAUUCUCUGAAGUCUAUCUCACGAUUGCGUAAACUUCAUAACCUCGAAAUCCGAGGUUGUUCUGGAAUUUCAUCUGCUGGUCUUUCAGCAAUUGCUUUAGGUUGCAAGCGCAUUGCAGAGUUAGAUAUUAAAAGGUGUUAUCGUGUUGAUGAUGCUGGGAUAUUGGCAAUAGCUGAUUCAUGUCAGAAUUUGCGACAGAUCAACCUUUCAUAUUGUGCAGUCUCAGAUGUUGGAUUUUCAGCAUUGGCUAGCCUUACUUGCUUACAGAACCUGAAGCUGGUUCAUUUGAGGAAUGUAACUGUUAGUAGCUUUGUUUCUACUCUGUUGGCUUGUGAGAGUUUGAAGAAACUGAAGCUUCACAAAUGCUUAAAGUUCAAAUUACCACGUCCUCUAAUUAAGCACUUAGAAGCCCAUGGGUGCACCAUUCGCUGGAUGGAUAAACCUUUUAGAGGAGGGACUGGUAGUGCUCCGGGCGGAGGUGGGGCUCGGGCCGGGCGGAGGUGGCGCGCGGGCCGAGCGGAGGUGGCACUUGGGCCAGGCGCAAGUGGUGCUAGGGCGGAGCGGCGCAACAGCCGAGCGGAGGUGGCGCGGCCCGGCGGAGGCAGCUCGCCGGGAGAAACCGGAGCGGCGCAGAGGCUCGCCGGCGGGGGCCGGAGAUCUUCGCCGGAGCGGGGAAAAAACUGCCGGCGGGAGACAUCACGUGGCCGGCGGAAGCCGUGGCCGGAGCCGGAGGCCAGCGGCACCGGGUGGGGUCGGCCUGACAGGGCCGUACGGCGCCGACCUAAAUGUCCUGUAGAUUUAAGUGGGCCGCCGAAGACAUCGUACCAGACGGAAGAGUCGUCCAUGUUAGCGGGGAUGGCUGUUUUUCUGUACUGCGACAAAGGCUUGGAUUUUCCCCGCCAGAUGCAGAUCAGAAUUCCUUCAAUUUCCGAGGUGCAGGGCGGCCUUGCAUUUACAGACAUUUUUGAAUUUGGAAGUCAAUCCCUUGCAAUGAAGAGAGCGGCUGUACAGUGUAGGUCAAUCAUGGGCAUCUUGGAUGAUGAGAUCCUUGUAACUAUUCUUGACAAACUGCAGGAUCCCAAAGAUAGAGAGUCAUGGUGCUUAGUCAGCAAACAUUUUUUCUCUUUGGAAGCGAGGUCUAGGAAGGAAGUACAGUUAAUGAGAUCAGAGCUGCUACCCAGAAUUUUGCAAAGAUACAGCAAGAUUCAGUGUUUAGAUCUAUCUCCUUGCUCCCAGAUUACAGAUGAAAGUUUAGGGCAUGUGGCUCGCAUCCUUGGGAAUCGUCUGCUUUCCAUCAACCUCUCAAAGUUGUGGACUUUCACUCACUUGGGCAUAGCAGAGCUGGUUGAAAGAUGUCAAUCUUUGGUUGAGGUUGAUCUUUCCAAUUGUACUGAAUUCACAGAUUAUGCAGCUGAAGCUUUAGGAAAUGCCCAGAACUUGCAAUCAUUGAAACUAGUGAAAUGUAAGCAAAUCACAGACAUGGGUCUUGGAUGCAUAGCUAUUGGAUGUGGGAAACUGGAGACUUUGAAUCUUAAGUGGUGUGUAGGGCUCACAGACCUUGGAGUUGAGCUGAUUGCUGUCAAAUGUAAAGAGCUGCGGAAUCUCGAUCUGUCUUACUUACAGAUAACCAACAAAUGUCUGGAAUCUCUUACACAUCUAAGUUGUCUUGAGAACUUAACAUUGGUUGGAUGUGUCAGUGUGGGUGAUGAAGGCCUUGUUUAUCUCAGGAGCAAAUCUUUACAGGGACUGGAUGUUUCAAAGUGUCACAAUAUCAGCUUUGCUGGAAUAAUCAACCUUGCAAGUGUUUCUCCAGAGUUGCGCCAACUUACUGUUGCGUAUUGCAUACCGAUUACAAGUGAUCUUGCUAGCUCCCAAACUUUUGAUAGACUGCAAAUAAUCAAAUUUGAUAGUUGUAAAAUUUAUAGCACUGCACUGGAGUCUGUUGGUAGAAGCUGCAAAUAUUUGAGGGAAUUGAGCUUAAGCAAGUGUAUUGGAGUCACAGAUGAAGAACUGAAAGGAUUUAUGGCAUAUUGUAGAGAGCUGAAUAAGUUAGAUCUUACAUGCUGUCGUGAUCUAACUGAUGUUGCUUUAUCAGCUGUUGCGAGAUCAUACAAAUAUCUUUCAUCUCUUAAGAUUGAAUCUUGUCACUUGGUUACGGAAAAGAGCUUGUCAAUGUUAGGGGAGGGGUGUCCUUUUCUGCAAGAGCUUGAUCUUAGUGACUGCAGCAUCAAUAACGCAGGAUUGGAAUCCAUUUCUAGGUGCUCUGAAUUGAUCAUUUUGAAGCUAGGAUUCUGCCCAAAUAUAUCUGAUGAGGGGAUCAUACAUAUAGGCACAUGUUGCUCAAAGCUCCAAGAAAUUAGUCUGUACAGAUGCACAGGUGUUGGUGAUGCUGGAAUUGCAGCAAUCUCUAAUGGGUGUGAAAGGUUAAAAAGCAUUAAUAUUUCCUACUGUAUGCGUGUUAGUGAUAAUGCUCUCAAGUCUAUCUCACAAUUGCAUAAACUUCAUAACCUUGAAAUCCGAGGUUGUUCUGGUAUUUCAUCUGCUGGUAUUUCAGCAAUUGCUUUAGGAUGCAAACACAUUGCUAAAUUAGAUAUCAAAGGGUGCUACCAUAUUGAUGAUGCUGGGAUGUUGGCAAUAGCUGAUUCAUGUCAGAGUUUGCGACAGGUGAAUCUAUCAUAUUGUAUGGUCUCGGAUGUUGGAUUAUUAGCAUUAGCAAGCCUGCCUUGCUUACAGAUCAUGAAGCUGGUUCAUUUGAGGAAUGUAACCGUUGAGGGCUAUGUUUCUACACUGUUGGCUUGUGAGAAUUUAAAGAAACUAAGGCUUCUUGAAUGCCUUAAAUUUAAAUUACCACUUGCUCUAAUUAAGAGUUUAGAGGCCCAUGGGUGUACUAUUCGCUGGAUGGAUAAACCUUGUGUGAUGUAAUAUUCUUAUGUCACAGCGUUGUCCAAGAAUUCAAUGUUUCAGGCAAACAUAAUGGUAUUUAUAUAUUUCAGAGUGUCUUUGUAGUGUUGCCAUGGUUCACUUGAGGAAUGAAUGCUUCUAGCAAUUAGAAACUAUGUGGCAUUUGGAAUUUACGCAAAUUUUCAGAUACA